AUGGGCUUUGUUGCUCUCCCUCACAUUCUGCUGUUCUUCUCAGCUGCUGGGGUUCUGCUGGGAUGCUCCUUGAGGAACUUUACUCUUCAUGUGGAGAAGCCGGAGUGCGGGCGCUGCAUGGUCAUCAACACCACCAUCUGCAGCGGGAUGUGCUUCUCACAGGACUCAAAUCUGCGAGGCCUCAUGGGGAGGGCCUUCCUGAUCCAGGCAGUGUGCGUGUAUCAGUCUGUUGAGUAUCGUUCAGUCAAGCUGCCCGGAUGCCCCGCCCAUGCUGACCCACUCUUUGUUUACCCCAUCGCCCGCGGCUGCCACUGCAGCAAGUGCAACACUGUGCGCAAUGAGUGUGUUCAUACACUUCGCCGCAGCCACACCUGCAGACUGAAACAGCUACAGACCACAGAUCAAUAACUUAUCAUUAAACAACCACUAAUCAUCACGCCGCUACGCCUUUAGAGUUUAGAGAGCAUCUGUUCUCACUGUGCUGUCAGUUUCCUUUCCUGUUGUUGUGUUUAUUUCAUUUUAGUUGUAUUGUGUAAUUUUGUGAGUAAGAAGGCGUCAUUUGCUCACUCUGCAAUUGUAAUUGAUAUCAAUAAACCUUGUUUCUGCAGAUAUAAAUAGUAAUAAAAAUAGUAAUCAUGUAUAAAUUCUGUAAAUGUGAUGUGAUGUGAUGCUUUCAAGCAAUCUUGUAGUUCUGCUUCUCUCCUUCAUAUUAAUUAAUGGCAAUUCUACUUAAUCAAUUCACAAAUAAUUGUUAUCACUUAUUACAACCAAAUAGAAACUGUGUGAGCAG